GAUGGGUAGCGCACCACGAAAACAAUCAAAGACCUACAAGGUCCCUAGGAGGCCUUAUGAGGCUGCCCGUCUGGAUGCUGAGCUCAAGCUCGCUGGAGAGUAUGGUCUGCGUAACAAACGUGAGAUCUGGCGUAUUCAAUUGACUCUGUCCAAGAUCCGUCGUGCUGCUCGUGAACUCCUCAAGCUCGAAGACAAAGACCCCAAACGUCUUUUCGAGGGAAACGCUCUCAUUCGUCGUCUCGUCCGUAUCGGUGUGCUCGACGACCAACGUAUGCGUCUCGAUUAUGUGCUCGCAUUGAAGACUGAGGAUUUCUUGGAGCGUCGUCUUCAGACUCAGGUUUUCAAACUUGGUCUCGCCAAGUCUGUCCAUCACGCUCGUGUCCUCAUCCGUCAGAGACACAUCCGUGUGGGUAAGCAAAUCGUCAACGUACCUUCUUUCGUGGUUCGUCUCGACUCUCAGAAACACAUUGACUACUCGCUAACCUCCCCCUACGGUGGUGGCCGUCCUGGUCGUGUUAAGAGGAAGAGAAGCAAGGCCGCUGCUGGCGGUGGAGAGGAUGAGGAGGCCGAGGAGGAAGACGAGUAGGCUUUCAAUUGGUUGACUUGUAAGAUUCAUGCAUGGUCCUACGCCAACCCUC